AUGGCGCAACUACAGGCUGUGAUGUUGAAGCAGAUGACGGCGGAGCAGUCAAGGGACAAGGAUGGUGAGGCAAGUCCGGAAUCCGUCAAACCUGGGACGGCAACGCUUCCUACGCUGGUUCCUGUCAAACCAGAAACUUCGUCGGUCGAUAUCAUGGACUGGUUGGAGAUGCUAGCAGUCCCCAUGUCUGAUCUGAGCGACGGAAGCGCUGUUUGGUGGUACCGUGUGAAGCAAGAAGCGGCAAAAAGCUAUGCAGAAUUGUCAUCCUCGAGCCCGUUGGAGAGAUUGAAAGUGGUUCCCCCAACGUUGGAGCCGCUGGAAUCUGGCAAAUGGUCCAGGGUCAACUCUCGCGGCGAGCAUGAUAAUGACAGCGAGAUGGUUGCAAGGCGUUUGACAGGGAGCACAGUCUCCUUGCUGUUUCGGUUGAUGACCCUCUAUCAACCGGGAGGCGAAGAGGAGAAGGUCAGGAUCUUGAAGAACCUACAAGAGCCACCCCAAGAACAAGAUCCACAGAAAGUUUUAGAGGCCUUGAGAAACUGGGACAGAUGGCUGAGGAGGUGCAGAGAGCUAGCGGUAGCAGCGCCUGAUCCAGCCCUCCUAACACGAGGGUUGAACUCCAUGGUGAAAGCUCUCUUAGACCGAAACCCAGAAGCCCUCUUCCGCUCCAACCUCGUGAAGUCAACCUUGAUGGUAGACACAAGGCCGACAGCAGAAAGCGUGGAUAGCUACUACAAGCACCUGUUGGCAGAGUGUGAAGCCCUAGCGGUGACCUCGGCCGCCCUAGCGAUUCCUACGACACCUACUACCAGCAGACCUGAAGCAAAGGUGAAGCCCAUGAGGACCGACAAAGGGAAUCAACCGAAUCCGCCGGUGCCACCUCCACCGCCUACUCCCACGAGAUCUUCUUCGCAGUCUACUACGAGGUCCGAUAUGGAUGCUGGGGACAAGUCGCUGGAGGAUAAGUCGAAGGUCCCAUGUAAGUUCUUCGGCAGGACUUACAAAGGAUGUGCCAGGGGUUCCCGGUGUCCAUUCCAACAUUCGUGGGAAGGUUUGGAUAAAAACGGGCGCUGUCUUGGAUGUGGCGGGAAGAACCAUGCAGUGAAAGAUUGCCCGUACAAGAAGCCCCCAGCCGGAGAUUCGCCUACUGCUACUACUCCAACGAGACCUCCAACGAAUAAAGCACCACCUCAACAACCACCCGCGAGUUCUACUUCCAACAAAAACGUGAGGAUUGAUGAGAACCCACAAGUGGAGCCAAUUCCAGCGAGGACUUCUUCAUCUACUACAAGUGGUGAUGGGGAACAGAUGCCGGACCUGAAGGAAGUUUUGGCGGAUGUGGGUAAGAUGCUUAAAGCUAUGACCUCUACAGCCACGGCGAAGAUGCUGGUGAUCCAUGAGGACAAGACUGUCAUCACUCCUGAGCCGAUGAAAAAGGUUGUGGAGGAGAGUUAUGGUUCAGACCUACGCGGACUCCUGGACAGCGGUGCGAGCCAUGCUUUGGUUCCAGCUUCGCAGGAGGAGUACCAGAAUGGGUCGCCGGUGAAGGUGACGCUUGCAGUUGAAGACACGAAGGUUUUGAGACAGAAUCAAUGCGGCACAGUGUUGGUACCAGAAGAAGGACCUGGACGUGUGCAACCUAUAGUGCCACUCGGAGCUGUCAUCGAGGACCUAGGCUAUACGCUGACUUGGCGUCCAGGUCACCUACGGCUUCAUCACCCGACGCGUGGCACGGUUAAGGUGAAUGUUACCAACAGAUGCCCAGAAGUGUCGUCGCGUGAUGCUAGGAAGCUCAUCCGGGAGAUAGAGGAGAAACAGCUCACCACCUUGAAGGACAAUGUCGACACCUUGACGGCGAGGCUGGAGAUGCUGAGGAGCGAAGAAAAGAGGGAUUGGGUCCAGAUUUUCAAGGACUACUCUACGAAUGGAGAAAAGACGGAGCUGUUGAAAGCGGUGCAGAUCUGUCCCUUCACGAAGGAUCUCCCUUUUGAGGUUCACUCCCUACUUGCGGAAGGCUUUGAAUUACAAGAUGGCUUGAAGUACAUGAAGGGCCUCCCACUUACAAGGAGGAAAAGGAAGCUGAUGAUGGCCUCCAAUCGGUGGGUCGUGAACAUGUUCCCGGGCAAGGACGCCGAGACAAUCAACCCUUUGGAUGUGGUCUCCAAGGCUGGCAAAGUGAUGAUCACCGUUGAUGUUUUGAACUCAAAGUUGUGGAAUAUCCAUGCACCAAUGGGAGUUUACCGGCUUCUACUAUGGGCAGCUGUUACGGGAAGGAUCACGGACAUUGUUGCCAAUCCGCCUCACCAGACCUGGCCGACUUCGGCAAUGCCACGGAGAGGUGAAGAGUCCUACCCGAAGCGGUCUAAGGAUCACCCUUAUGGACUUCCUCAACUACCAGAGCAUCAACAGCAACAACUAGACUUGGAGACGGCGGCGAUUGUGAAGCCGAUGUUGUUGUGGAUCCUCGCCACAAUGAGCAAUAGAGGAGUUGUUGGUUUUCUUUUGACAACACCCGCAGAUGAAGAAAGGCACCGUGAAUGUGAUCCUCAACAUGCUACUUUUUGGCACACGGAAGCUUGGAAGUCUUUCAAGUCAAUAGCGGGAAUGAGCAAAGCUUCUUUCUACAUGGGCGCCUACGGUCAUAGGGCGAAGUGCCCCACUACGAUAGCAACCAACUACCCAUCGCUCGCACAGCUCGAAGGUGUCUACGACUUCAAUGAUGGAUGCGUUCCCCCGUCUCUUUUGGACAAGAAGGAAAUGAGGUCGUGGUCAUUCGGAUUCAAAGCUAUGGUUUUGGAGGCGAUUACCGACAUGCAUGAGUGCGCCACCCUCUCUGAUGAAGAUUUGGAGUCAAUGGGGUUGAAAGUUUCCAAGAUGACAAAGCAGCAGAGACAAGAGUGGAAGCAACAUCUAGCUGAUGAUCAUCAACCUUAUAGGUCAGACUGCUCGGUUUGCAUCAACGCCCAGGCCACCGGUUACCAUCACAGGAGGAGGGAACACCCAAAAAUGUUUGCCCUUGCUCUAGACCUAGCAGGUCCUUUCCGUCAACGGGGCAGAGACCUUGAUCAUGAGGACUACCGCUACAUUAUGGUGGCUGCUUAUCGGUGCCCAAAGAGCUACAUGAGUGCAAAGGCAAUUCCGGAAUGUGAUCAAGAUUUCUAUGUUCCUGAUGAACCAGAAGGUGAUGUUGAUGACCCGAUGGCCCUGGAAGACGAACCUGUGAGUGAUGGUGAGGGAACGCCGGAUGCUGGUGAUGAAAGUGGAGAAGACUCAAAGUUUGAGGAGGAGGUUGACAAGCUUGCUGCCCCCGAAGAACACUCCACAAUCUACAUUACCAGAAGUUUGAGAAGGCGAACCGGACCUCAUGCACUACAAGCGGCAAAAGAAAUCCUUCUCCAGCUACGUCAAUGCGGGCUCCAUGUUGAAGCAAUACAUACGGACAGGGCCCGGGAGUUCAAGACUGCUGCCUUCCGCACAUGGACUGCUGAUGAAAAGUUGCGACAUACGCGCACAGCAGAAGCCGAUCCCGCCGCCAACAGUACCGCGGAGGUGGGUGUAAAGUGGGCUAAGGGCCGUGUUCGUGCUCUCAUCAAGCGGGCGGGCGCAGGAGCACAAGAUUGGCCUAUGGCGAUAUCACAUGCAUCUGCUUCUCUGUGGGCGAAGGCGAAGGCUUUCCCAUCUUCCCCAUGGACCAGACAACCAGCAUGCCCUUUUGGAAGUGAAGUUUGGUUUCGAGCAAAAGCUUACAAGGGGAAGGAAGAGAAGAAGCAUGAAGCUGCAGGUGACCGUUGGAAACGAGGAUGGUACCGGGGACCAGCGAUGGAUGUGAGCAGAGGACAUCUGAUACUGAGAGAAGAUGGUGGUUUGACCAUUGCUAAAAGCGUCAAGUUCAAUGUGAUCAACCCCAAGGAUGAGCUCCCAGACCUCUUAUCACCUGCUGAGGCUGAUGGACUUCGAGAAGGUGAUGAUGUAUGUGGAUCACCUCAAACCAGGUCUGAGCUGAAGCGGGAAAUUGAGUUUCUGGCAAGGAAAAAACUCGAAGAAGGGGCAACUACGACGCAGGAUGUUUUGCAAAUCUACGAGCGACUUGAAGAACUUGGGGACACGGACCUGCGCCUCGGUAAGAAGACAUCGACUACUUCAUGGUUUACUGGGGCAUUCGUUCAUGGUGGUUUGGCGGGUACAAGAAUGAACCUCAGAUCGUAUCCCUUCACCACCAAGUUCCUUGUUGAGUUUGGCAAGAAGUUUGCAGAAGGAGUGCCCUUUAGUGCUCUUGGAAUUGCCAGGAAUGCAGACCUAGGCCUGCAUCGAGACAUACACAACUCCAAGUCCUCUGUGAACAUGGUGGUUCCUCUUUCUGAGUUUUCUGGUGGAGGAAUAUGGGUGCAAGGUGACGAGCUAGAACAAGAUGGAAUGGUUGCCAAAAGCCUACCCAAUGGCCAGGAGGUUUCUGGGAAAGUCUACGACCUGAAGUUCGAAGAGAAGUUUGAGUUUGAUCCCCGCAAAUGGCACCAAGUUCAGGAAUGGCAGGGCGACCGAGUGGUGAUGCUUAUGUACACACCGAGGGCAACGAAGCUCGUUGAAAGCGAUGUGCAAGAUCUAAAAGAUCAUGGUUUUCCAAUGGAUGAAGUGAUCAAGGGGGACUCUGAUGAGGAGGAGGACAACAACGAAAGCUCUACUGACCCUCCCUUCGACGUCAACAUCAAAAUGAUGAAUGCCGUUGAACAUGAGCAGAUUGCCUUCAUUGAGGUUGACGAGCACAGUUCCUUUGCGACUACUAUGUCAAAAACCGGUGGAUGUGCGCCUACUACAGUGAGCCCUACAAUGACAAGGACCCUGAAAAAGGCAGAGGUUCAGUACACCCAUGGCAUUGAGGAGAUUCUGUCGAGCCUCAAAAAGGAUGGCAAGCCUUUGGAAGUGACUCAUACUGUUUCGCUGAGCGAUGUGAGAAAGAAUCUUAAGGCAUGGGCCCCUUCGGCUUCCAAGGAGUACGUGAACCUCAAGGACUCCAAGAAGGCUUUCGAAGUCAGAAAGAGAAGUGGCCUACCAGACGAUUGCCUCCUACUACCUUGCAAGGGAGUUUUCACUAUUAAACCGGACAAAAGCCCUGCGGGUUACAGAAGAAAAACACGUUUUGUGGCCUGUGGAAAUCAUGCUCCGGGAGAUGGUGAUCACAGCGAACUCUACGCUGCAGGCUUGGAUGCCACUUCGUUCAGGAUAAUGUUAUCGUACUCCUCAAGAAAGAAAAAAUGGAAGAUUGGCACGACCGAUAUACGACAAGCUUUUGUUCUUGCUCCGUGGAGGGGAAGAUCGGUGGCGCUUAUACCCCCACAGAUCGCGUUUGACUUGCAGCUGGCAGAGCCAGGGGACGUCUGGUAUGUCCUUCAGGCUCUCUACGGGUUGCGUGAGUCCCCAGCUCUAUGGGCGGCUUAUAGAGACCAACAACUUCGGGCUGCGAGGUGGUUUGUGGACAUUGACGGGGUCGCCACAGAGGUGAAGCUUCAACAACUCGUUUCCGAUGAUCAGAUAUGGAAAAUUGUCAGGACCAACGGCAACACCGAGGCCUUGGGUUACGUCAUGGUCUACAUCGACGACCUGAUGAUUAUGGCUGAGGAGGGAGUCAUGCAUUCCAUGUUCAAGUGGGUUUCAGAUCAAUGGGAAUGUGACGAUCUUGAUGUUCUUGAAUAUGAUCAUCCCAUAAGGUUUUUGGGUAUGGAGCUGCAUAAGACUGUUGAUGGCGUGGAGCUUUCUCAGGAAGGCUUCAUAAGAGAGCUUCUAAGGGCUCAUGGCCAUACCGGAAGUUCAUCGCGAUCACAGGGUUCCCGAGAGACUUUGCUUCUCACGGUUGAGGAGGAGGAAGCUUUGUUGAGUUCGGAAAAGAUGGAUUUGUCGGGACAAGAACAGCAAGUGAAAGAAGCUCAACGAUGGGUUGGUGAAAUGCUCUGGCUAUGUGGAAGAACUCGACCCGAUAUCCAGUACGUCACUUCUAUAAUGUCAUCCCGUUUGACGAGGUGUCCAGACCUGGUCAAUAAGAUUGGGAUGAGGCUGCUGGACUACUUGGCGGAGACCAUAGGGUAUAGACUUGGGUUCUUUGACGAUGGUGUUGAACCUGAGCUCAGAGCAUACACUGACAGUUCAUUCAGCCCAAGUUCCGGAAGAUCUCAUGGGUCAGUGGGAAUAUUUUAUGGUUCCUCGGCAAUUUCUUGGCGAUCCUCGCGACAACAACUGGUGACGUUGAGUACGGCGGAAUCAGAGUUGCUUGAAGGAAUUGAUGGUUGCCAAUUGGCUAUGUCAACUAUCGGCCUUAUCCAGGAAGUGAGCGGUUACGAUAAGGGCAUCUACCUGCACCUGGACAAUCAGGCCGCGAUCUCUCUUCUAACCGGAAGUACCGGAAGUUGGCGCACGAGGCAUUUGAGAUUGAGAUCGGCAUGGAUAAAAGAAAAGGUCAAUGCUCAUGAAGUUCAUGUCCGACACGAACCGGGACUAUCUCAACGAGCCGACAUAGGUACCAAACCUUUGCCGAAAGAAAGGUUGAAGCAGUUGGCUUUGCUAUGGAACCUUAACGACCGGAAGAAGGAUGAGAAGAGCAUAAAAACCGCAAACGCGCAGGAACCUUCGUGGUGCACAAGGUUGUUGCUACUGUGCCAGAUAUGUGGUGCGGCAGCUGAGAAAGAGGGAAUAAAGACCGAAGUUCCCUGGGACCUCUACUUAGCGGUGAUUGUGUUGAGCAUCGCAGUGAUCGGCUUAUGGGAAGGCUUUAAGCAGUGCAUGCGAGGCCGGGAAGCUCGACUCAAAGCUUUGCGAACAAAGGCAAACAAGAUGAUAGCGAAAAAGAAGCUGACGAAAACGGAGUUGAAGGAGCUACAGCGUAUGUUGGCUCUGAAGCCAGAGCAGCUGACUUCUGACCAAAAGGUUAGGCUCCUGGAACUACGAGAGCGCUUUGAAGAAACAAUGCCCCCUGGUACUUCCCCAACACCUACAUUGCCAACCACGGCUACGGCUUCUUCGUCGACUAUGCCCAGUGAACCAAGAACGCGGGAUCAGGCUGUGCAGGCUACUCCAGCGUUUGAGAGGGUUCAUUCCGAACCGCCAGCGAGGAUGGUUACCUUUGAAGGGCCUUUCAUCAAUUGCAUCAAGGAGGAGUAUGAAAUCCCCUGCGACGGCUAUGUGUGUUGA